AUGGGCUGCACAACGGGCCAUUUUACUUGCCAGCCACAACCCCCGGUGAACUCUGGGCAGGAGAGUCAAUCCCUUGAAGCCAGUGGUGCCAAAGUUCCUGAAGUACUCUCUUCUCUGGAACGUUUGUCCCAAGCCACCGGAGGCAUGGAGAAGUCCUGGUAUCGCUGCAUUUUCCCCUUUGGAAUCAUCUCUUUGGUCAUCGGAGUUGCGGGAACGGGGGUGACCUACACGUACAACGACCUGCCACAGACUAAAGUUGUCUCCGUGGUGUUACUUGUCAUGGGCGUCGUGCUGCUGCUGAUGGCAACUGCCUGUUGGACUCUCCACAAGAAGAAGAGGAGGAAAAAGAAGGAGGGAGAGUCACUGACAUCCGAGCAGUGUCCCCUGUGA